AUGUCAAGCAACAACAACAACAAGAAAAAAGAUGAUAAAAAUAUCCUAGAUAAAUCUGAUCUCAAAAAUUUAAUUCAAAAUAUUGAAUUUGAUGAAAAAUUUUUUCGAUCAAUUCUUGAUAAAAUACUUAUACCACGUAGUGUUGAUUCAACCGGUCAUGAAACAGUACGGCAAUACAUAAAAAAUACAUUGCGAGACUUGAAUUCAAGAUGGCAUGUUGAAGAGGAUGUAUUUCGUACCAGAACACCUGCUGGACAAUUGAAAUUUCAUAAUAUAAUUGCAACAUAUGUACCAGAAUUUGGUUGUGUAAAAAGUAAAUCAUCAUUAAAACGUACAAUAUUAGCUUGUCAUUAUGAUUCAUUAAAAUCAACAUUGGUUAAAGGUGGAUCAACAUCAAAUAUCGAUAGUCAAAUAGAACAACAAUUACAAUUUAUUGGUGCAACCGAUGCAGCCGUAUCAUGUUCGCUAAUGUUAUAUUUAGCACAUAAAAUGAAUGAUUAUUUAGGAAAACUUUGGCUUAAUUAUUCAUUAAGUAAUCGUACAGUACAAUUAAAUACAUUACAAUUAAUAUUUUUUGAUGGUGAAGAAAUUAUUCGUUCAGAUCCAAAUAUUAUUAGAAGUAAACGUUAUAAAUCAAAAUUUCCACAAACUGAUUCAUUAUUUGGUUCAAAACAUCUUGCUAAUAAAUGGGAAAAAAUUUCAAAUGAAUUAAAUGAACAACAAAAUCAUAGAUUUAAUACAACGACCAAUGAUAUUAAUAAUAAUAAUGUUACAAUUACAAAACGUUCCCGACGUUAUAUAUUAUGUGAUGGACAAAAUUCAAAAAAAUUAGCUAAACAACAACAAAUGCUUCAGAUUCAACAACAACAACAGCAGAAUGAAAAUCCCGUAAUGAAAAAUAAAAAAAAUUCCAAAAUUACUGAAGUAUUAAUAAUAUCACCACAAGAUUAUCAUACAAUUGAUGAUAUAAAAUUAUUUAUUUUAUUUGAUUUAAUUGGUGGUUCAAGUUCACGUUUUUAUAAUACAAAUCUUAAUACAAGUCAUUAUUUUCAACAAUUAAUUCAAAUAGAAAAAAGUUUUGUACAAUUCAACAAUGAAACAAAGAAAACAUCCAAAUCAAUGAACAAAAAUUUAUUUCAACAAAAUCCAGCAUUUAUGGUUAGUUUUGUACGUGAUGAUCAUUUACCAUUUAUUAUACGUAAUGUACCAGUAUUACAUCUUAUACCACAUCCAUUUCCACGUAUAUGGCAUAGUAUGGAUGAUAAUUUAGAUAAUCUUAAUUUUAAUUCUAUUAGUCGUUUUGUAACUAUUAUGCAAAUAUUUCUUCUUAAUUAUUUUGGUUUAGUUUGAUAAAUAAAAACAAAUUUUUAUUUUUACUUUGUAAAUCUUGUGCAGCAAAAAAAAAAAUG